AAGAUGAUUAACAUAUGGGCAAGAAGUCACUCAUCCCUCUGAGUCCAGCAUUCCUAAUUCAGGAAGUGUAGUUUAUUCUAAUUUAUGAAGUAUUGAUGUAGACUUGAAACCGCAGGAGGCAGACGUGUCUGUUGGGGCUAAGACGACCCCCCGGUCCUCUAGUCAAAAUAAUUGUCAAGUUGAUAGAAAAAUCUCGUUUGUUUACUUGUCUCAACUCCACAUAUUGUUUGUUGAUGGGAAGAUUGCAACAUUAAAUUACAUGUGUCAUUAUAUUUAUAAUGCGAAAAUAGUUCCUUACCAGCGUGUAAUGAAGAGCCUGGAUUAAAAUAUUCAGUCCUUAUCUCAUGCAGAUAAGAACCUAUACAUUUUCAUUCUGACCCAGACGCAGCUUCUCACGUUACCCUUACUAGUUUAAUGUCCAGCAUUCAUAUAUUCUGUAACACGUAGAGAAGGUUUAAAAUUCAUCAAUGUCGGUUUGCAUAUUCAGGAAGGAAAGUGCUAGCUGUGUCCAUUACAUUCCAAUAUAUUUUUAUUUCAUAUUUAUAUGGCAGUUUUUUUGGAAGGACUAUAAGUUCUUUUGUUAUUUUUACCGUAGUGUGAGGUGGGAUGUAGCUCAUGACGAUUUUCGGAACUUUAUCAACGUAUAUUGCAGCUUAUAGCGUUCUUCAGUUAUUAGGACCUACUUUCCUCAGCCACAUACAUUUACCAAGAAGCUUACUGCCACUUGCAUUGCAGUAUGUGGACCGAAAUAACGUUAUAUACGUGUCCGCAGUUUGUUAACUAAAUAGCCCGCUGCUGUUUAAGCAGAGACCAUUCUCGAAGUCCUAUAGAUAUUGAAAGUUGAACAGCUCGAUGCGACUUGCAUGCAGUUCUAGCCUCCAAUGUCAUUCUAAAUGUCCGCAAUAUCUGCCAACUGAACCGACUCCACGAUUUCCGUUUCAGUUUUAACACUAAGAACGCUUUAAUAGUCUCCACACUAUUUGUUAUCUGAAUCACCGCAGCUAUGUCACGUAGCGCAUUGAAGGCCGGCGAGCAGAAGAAGGUAAGUUGCGAGCUGCUAAGCAUCACCUAUGGGGCGCUCGUAGCGCAGGUCAUGAACGACUACGAGAACGUCGACGACGUCAACAGGCAACUCGACAGACUCGGCCACGACCUCGGCGUGCGUCUCAUCGAAGACUUCCUGGCCAGGGCGAACCCUGGCAGAUGUCACGAUUUACGGGACACUGCCGACAAGAUCCAGCAAGCGUUCAAGAUUUAUCUCGGCAUGAACGUGACUAUUGGUUCUUGGAGCCCCGCAGGUGACGAGUUCUCAAUCAUAAUGGACCAGAACCCUCUAGAAGAAUUUGUAGAACUACCCGACAGUUACGCAGGACUGCGCUACAGCAACCUAUUAGCUGGGGCCAUUAGAGGAGCGUGUGAAAUGGUGCAGGUCGAGGUGAUGGUUGCAUUUACUGCGGAUCAUCUCAGGGGCGAUAACAAUACGGAACUCAGAGUCAAGUUUAUUAAGAGACUUGAGGAUGCCAUCCCUGCUGGUGAGGAUUAAACGGUGAACAAAUGUGUACCAUGUAAAAAAUAAUGUGGACAAAGUUUACCUUAUGAACGUUAGUUGUGGAUAUGAUUGGUUGAUAUGUAUUGCCUUAUAUUGGCAAUAGAAACUGUCUGAUUAUUCUUGAUUAUUUCUUCUUGCUCGUCUGAGAAAUAAUGAGCGAGAAAAUAAGGUACCAAAUCUCGAACUGGUGGUAAGAUCGACGCGGGUAGAGAAAAAAAUGUUCAGAGCCUAAGUCAGAUGUCGCGACAAUUACAGAGUAUGGCUUUAGUGCCACGGAAAUGUAUACAAGAAAAACAACGAUUACACAGGAAUUGAAGGAGAUAGUGCCAAUCUCGGAGCCAAGUUAUCAGUAAAAAUAUAAGCACGAAUUCAUUCAUGCAUAACUUUCACCAUUUUUUCCCUCAUAUGCAACUCUAAAGGAAUUAAACAACUUCUUACUUUAGUAAUUAUCAGCUAAUCAGCAUAACUUACUGUAUCUUUAUGAUAAACAAGUCUUUGAUGUUUGCUCUAAUAGAGGUGUAUAAGUAAGAGCAAGUACGAAGAAUAUGAAAUGUAUGUCUGUUGAUACCGGUAAAUGAGCUGUUGUUGUCCUAGGACCUAAAUUGUUAACGUUACCUUUGACCCCAAGUGUUGAAUUGCGAUGUUUUUCUCCCUUAAGUUGAGAGUAUAAGAUGGUACUUCCUAGACUAUUUAGUGUAAUAGGAAGUUUUCUAUUCAUUCCAUAUACGCUUGAUAAGCAUGGCUCAUGGGUACAUGGGUAGAAAUUUCGGCGUCUCGCUUGUUAAGCAAUCAUUAAAAUUCAAUUUCAAACUAUGGAAUCCAUGAAAAUUUUUAUUUCUUAAGGUUGCUUGGCAAAAAUGAUGUUAGAUGAGGUAGGAUGUAAAUGAAAAGUUAGUAGUAUUCAGGUAUAUUUUUGAACUUCGUGCAAUAAUGCAUUAUUACAUUGAUUUAUUGCAAAUACUUAUUGGGAAUCAGUAUUCAGCCAUUCUAACUGAUUAAAUUCCGAUUUCUUUCGCAUAAACUCAGUGAGUUCCAUAAGAUAGACAGCUGUGCAUUAUUAUUAUUUAAUUACAUGAUGUUAAAAUAUAAUGGAGUUGUGCGUAAAAGUUUAAUCACUAACCAAAAGUGAAAAGUGUAAGCAUCUUUAAUGUUAUUAAUAUAUUACGAGUA